AGAAUUAAUUUUAAAAUUGAUGAAAAAAACAAAAAGAGGAAAGAUGGGAAAGAGAAAUGACAAAAAACGUGGAAGAAGGAAGAAGAGGAGGAAGAGAAUAAAGUGACGGGGCUCAUAAUAUAAUUAUAAUAAAAUACUCCUCAAAUAUCAUGUCAUAUUUAUGCCUAAGUUUUUCCUUGUUUUAUUGUUGAAGCAGAUGAUCAGCCUUGUCCAUGGCUGAAACAGUAUUCACAGCAGUUAUCAACAAAGCUGUUGAAAUAUCCAGCAAUGCACUGUUUAAUGAAGUGCCUUCGGACUCGUCCUUGCGGGAAAGCAUCCGUUGGAUUGAAACCGAGAUGAGACGCAUGAGAUCUUACCUAGCAGAUGCGGAGGCUAAACAAAUAUCAAGUCAUGGAGGAGCAAACCUGAUAAAUGAUAUUGAACAACUUGCUGAGGAUGUCGAAAUUGUUCUUUACACUUACCUUAGUGAAAUAGCAUCUCAUCGCGAGGGAGAGUGCAGGCUUCAGUGUCUCAAAGAAGCUGCUCGGAUUUUCUCUUGUCAUGGCCACACCGCUCAUAAGUUGGUUGCUCGGGUUGAAGAGAUUAAGAGAAAAGUUGCAGACAUUGAUCUUGCGCGGGUGAGAUAUAACAUCACAGAUUCAAGCAGCAAUAACAAAGAUGAAAUUUUCAGUACUUCGGAUCAAAGGAGAUCUUUCCUACAUGUGGAUGAAUCGGAAAUCAUUGGUCUAGAGAAAGAUUGCAAGGAGCUGGAGAAAAAGUUGCUCGACACAAACCUAGAGCACGAUGUGAUCUCAAUCAUCGGUAUGGGUGGUUUGGGUAAAACAACACUUGCAAAAAGAGUGUAUAAUAAGGUCAAGUGUCAUUUUGACUGCUCUGCUUUGGUUUCUGUUUUCCAAGAGCCAAGAUCGAAAGAAGUGUUACUUGAGUUGGCUAAACAGGUGUUUCUUGGGUUGGCUAAACAGGUGGGACUAGGAAAGGACAAGAUGGAGCAGAACCUUGAGAACAACCUCUACACAUUCCUGAAGGAGAAAAGGUAUGUGAUCUUCCUAGAUGACGUUUGGAGUAUCAAAACAUGGGAAGCUUUAUCCUCAAGUUUCCCUACCUUUGAUAAUUCCAAAAAUGGCAGUAGAAUAAUCAUCACGUCUAGGAAGCGUGAUAUAGGAAUGUAUAUUGGAGGAGUCAGCUCAAUUCACGACUUACAACCUUUAAAGCCUGAGGAUAGUUGGGAACUCUUUAUAAAAGUUCUGUUGAGGGCAUCAAAGGAUAAUAAGAGUGGGAUUCCCACAAAUUUGGAAGGCAUAGGCAGAGAAUUGAUGAAAAGAUGUGGCGGCGUACCAUUAGCCAUUGUUUUAACAGCUAGCCUUUUGCGCGCAAAAGAAAAUAGUGAACAUGACUGGAAUAGGGUGCUAAAGAAUACGCAUCAAAAUCACGAGCAAGACUUAGACCAGUGCUCCAAGAUCUUGGGUUUGAGCUAUGAAGACUUGCCCGCUUCCUUAAGACCUUGCUUCCUCUAUUUCGCACUUUUCCCAGAGGACUAUGAAAUUCCUGUGUUCAACUUGAUUAACAUGUGGGCAGCUGAGAAAUUCAUAACCCGAAGAGAAGAAUGUGAGAUUGAGGAAGUUGGGGAGUCUUACCUAAAUGAUUUGGUUGCUAGAAACCUGAUUCAAGUCUCCAAACGAAGGUACGAUGGAAAAAUUAAAACUUGUCGUAUCCAUAAUGUGCUUCAUGAUCUUUGCAUCAAGGUAGCAAAGGGUAAGAAGUUCUUCCAUUCUCUUAACGACAUAGUAGGCACUACAAGCUCCAGUUGUUGUGUUGAGGGACCUCGUAGACUUGCUGUACAUCAAAGGGAUGUGGACAAGUAUCUUUCUUGUCACCUUGAAACCCCAAAGAUCUGUGCAUUUCUUAGUUUUGAACCCAUUGAAGUCCCCAAAAAUCAGAUGGUUAAAAAUAUUUUCCCAAAUGUAGGAUUCUUGAGAGUCCUCAAUUUAGAAAUCUCGACAUCCCCCAACAAGUCUCAAAAAAAAAUCUCGACAUCCCCCAACAAGUAUGGAUGGUCGGUUAUAGGCCCUAUUGGGAAAUUGAUCCAUUUGAGUUACCUUAGAUUGAGAGGGUUCUCACAUACUUGCCUUCCUUCAAGUAUAAGCAACUUGAAAAACCUACUUACCUUGGAUGUACGAGGUUGCAAUUCCAUUAGACUUCCAACUUGCAUUUGGAAGAUGGAACAACUUAGACAUCUCCAAAUAGGUGCCCUGUCUUUGUUUGUUCGAUUUUGUGUUGGAUAUUGGGGUUUCGAAGAAUCUGACAUCGUAACCAAGCACUACCCCAUUGAAGUCAAUCUCCCAAACAUCCAAACUUUGGAGACAAUGGAUGUAUGCUACUGGAACCCCAAGUGGUUGUGCAAAGUUGGUCCCAACAUAAGAAGAUUGGCAGUUUCUGGUGGAUCUAGAGAAACCAUAAAUGUGCUGAACAACCAGAACAACGUUAUCUUUGAGAAGCUUGAGAAUCUUCGAUUAUCUAAUGAUACUACACAUGUCAUUUCAAGUGGAAAUUUCACUUUGUCAGGCUAUCCAAAUCUCCUUAAGGUGCACUUGGACGUUUUCUUCUCACCAAGCAAGUUGCCAAGCUCUGAGCAUUUCCCUCCUAAUCUCAUCAAGCUGACCUUACUCAAGAAUCGGCUGACAGAGGACCCUUUGCAGACGCUGAAUCAGCUACCAAAAUUGAAGAUCCUCAAGCUGGACUUUGAUUGCUACAUUGGAAAAACUAUGGAUUGUGAUGGUGGCUUUUGUCAACUUGAAGUUCUGCGGAUUAGAGGGUUGGAUAAUCUUAAGGAGUUGAUGAUGGAUGGGGUAGGAAUGCCUAGAUUAAGAAAAGUGAUGAUUGAUCAGUGUGAACAGCUCAAGAGUAUUCCUGAGAGCCUCCAAAACUUGAGGACAACUUGAUGGCAGAAGGACUUACAUCAUUUAAUAGCGAUGGAGUAAAACGAUGAUUCUUAAAUUAGAAAUAUUGGACUGUACCAUAUGGAGGUUCUUUACUUUCUUGCUAAUUGAAAGAGCUGAUUCUGCAGACUCAUUUUAUGUAAUCAUAUGAUAUACAGUACUGGCCUUUGGGUUAAAUAAUAUUAAUAGUUCCAUGGCGUGUUUUUACCAA